AAAUUGGCGAAGUUUGAGGUGGUGGAUUGAUAUUUGAUAGCCCCAAAAGUUUGUGGAAUUAUUAAAGUUUUUUCUUGAAAACAGUAUGAAAGGGAAGGAGGGCAAAUGAGAGAAAGAAGAAAACAAAAAAUGAUGGAGUCUCUCUCUCUCUCUGUCUCUGACUUGAAGCUGCUUCUGCUCUUCUUCUUCUUCUUCUUCUUCUCUCUUACCGCCUCAGAUCUAUCCUCCGACCGCGCUGCCUUGUUGGGGUUCCGCUCCGCCGUGGGUGGACGUACAUUCUUAUGGAACAGCAGCGACGCCACGCCCUGCAACUGGCCCGGAGUUACAUGCGAGAAUGAGCGAGUCACCGUACUCCGCCUCCCGGGUUCGUCUCUCUCAGGCUCCAUACCGCCUUACACUCUCUCUAACCUCACGCGCCUCCGCACUCUCAGCCUCCGUCUCAACCGCCUUUCCGGUCAGCUGCCGUCUGACCUCUCCCAAUGUGUAGAGCUCCGGAACCUUUACCUCCAGGGAAACCGUUUCUCCGGUGCCAUCCCCGCUUCCUUGUUCGACCUUCACUCCCUGGUCCGCCUGAAUCUCGCUAGCAACAACAUUUCCGGCCAACUCCCACCGCGGUUCAACAAUUUGACCCGUUUACGGACGCUUUUUCUAGAAAACAACCAGUUUUCAGGCUCCAUACCGGAGCUAAACCUCCCGAAUCUCAUACAGUUGAAUGUUUCUUUCAACAACUUAAAUGGGUCUAUUCCGAAGAGUCUGGAAGCAAUGCCGGAGGAUUCUUUUUCCGGGAAUUCACUUUGUGGGAAGCCUCUUGGUGUUUGUCCCGGUGGUGAUGCUACCCCGCCGGUAGCACCCGCCCUUGCUACCGGCGGAAUCGAAAUAGGAAGCGCGAAUAAGAAGAAACUCUCGGGCGGAGCGAUUGCAGGGAUUGUAAUUGGAUCUGUGGUGGGACUGCUACUGCUGUUGCUAAUCCUGUUUGUGGUAUGCAGAAAGAGGAGCGGGAACAAAGCCCGUUCUGUGGAUGUUACAACAAUAAAGCAACAAGAAAUGGGCGAGAAAGAAAGCGAAAAUGGCGGGGGGUCAGUGGCAGCUGCGGCGGCUGCGGCGAUGACAGCGAAUGGGAAGGGAGAAGAGAGCAGCGGUAAGAAGCUGGUGUUCCUGGGAAACACUAGCACAGUGUUUGAUUUGGAGGAUCUUUUGAGAGCUUCUGCAGAGGUUUUGGGGAAGGGGACGUUUGGAACAGCUUACAAGGCAGUUCUUGAGAUGGGGACUAUUGUGGCUGUCAAGAGAUUGAAGGAUGUAAGCAUAGCAGAGGCUGAAUUUAGAGAAAAAAUAGAGCUGCUUGUUGGGGGGAUGAAUCAUCAGUAUCUUCUGCCUCUAAGGGCAUACUAUUAUAGCAGGGAAGAAAAGCUUCUUGUCUAUGAUUAUAUGCCUAUGGGAAGCUUGUCUGCAUUGCUUCAUGGUAAGGGUGCUGGUAGGACACCAUUGAACUGGGAUUUGAGGUCAGGCAUUGCCCUUGCUGCUGCUCGAGGCAUUGAAUACUUGCAUUCUCAAGGCCACGCCGUCUGUCAUGGGAAUAUCAAAUCAUCCAAUAUUCUCCUAACCAAAUCGUAUGAAGCAAGAGUCUCGGAUUUUGGCAUAGCCAAUGUUGUUGGACCCUCGUCCUCUCCCACCCGAGUUGCUGGCUAUCGAGCACCAGAAGUGACUGAACCCCGCAGGGUCUCACAGAAGGCUGAUGUCUACAGCUUUGGGGUAUUGCUGCUAGAGCUUCUUACUGGGAAAGCACCCACGCAUGCCCUCUUGAACGAAGAAGGGGUCGACCUGCCACGAUGGGUUCAGUCAGUGGUUCGCGAGGAGUGGACUUCUGAAGUCUUUGAUCUUGAACUCCUCCGCCACCAGAAUGUUGAGGAAGAAAUGGUGGAACUCUUGCAACUCGCCAUCGAUUGUGCAGCUCAAUACCCUGACAACCGACCCUCAAUGACCAAGGUUGCAAACAGGAUUGAAGAGCUGCGUCAUUCAAGCUUGCGAAACCAGCAACCCUCUGAACUUGUCCCUGAAACUGAGUAAGGGAGCAUUCACUCUAUGUUUGAGACAUUGAACCAAAGGAAAUUGACACAACCAAAUUUGCUCAUGCUACACAAGUUACUAUUCUUGGGCA